AUGGCGGCAAGUCUAGAUAUCGGUCUCAUUGAGAGUUUCAAUACAGCUUUGGCCCACUUGUCCGAAAGGAAGGGUCCCACUGUCGCGAACACGACACUAAAGACUAUGUCCGAGGAGCUUUCUAUGCUUGUUGAUCCAAAGGGCGCAGAGGGUCUCGAUCGACUGAUGCUCGAGACAAUAUUGACCGACAUUGAAAUCCUUUCCGAGCAGACCAAGCCUGAGGCUGCCAACACCCUCCUGCGCCACUUCAACAGGCAAGUGAAGGCAGCCCUGUUUGAACGCGUCCCUGCCAUAUGGGGCGUGUGGUUCGGGAGAAGGGUAGGGAUAUUUACCUCCCAGGAGGAGAUGGAAGUAGCCACCAAGCAUGUGCCAGUACCUUCCGGCUCCAUCGGAAGAUUUUUCACCAUGGAAGAUGCCAUAGCCGAAUUCAAAUCGCGACUCCUCAUCCCGAACGGUAUAACGAUAUGGACCGACCCAAAGAUGCAGAAUAUCACCGUAGAUUCGGAUCCCCGUCUCGUCUACGUGCCUCCGGGGAGGGAAGAACUGCGGGAGAAGAUGUUCGGCGUCCAGGAACCCCUUCCUCUCGCCGCUCGGGAUGUCAUCGAUAUCGAAUAG